GUAUUCUUAAUCGUUUACACGGGAGAGUCACGAUGUUCCUCGCUACGCGGAAACAUAAUUUUGAAGAAAUCAUCACCUGUACGAUAUUUCUUCUCUUUACUUCGUUAAAUUUUAGUCAAGCAAAUCUUCCUCAAGGAUAUUCCUCUCCGCCAUUCGGAAACUCGAGGCAGGCCUUUUCAUGCGAAUCUGUCGAUUCGGCGUCGCCAGCUAGUACCUUUGGACCCACUGUAGCAUGUACAUUAAAAUCUGCAUCGACUGAGAUUAGUGGCGAGCCUGAACCAACGAGUGACGUACAACUACCUACCUACGUUAAAGUGCCGGCACCUUUAUUAUACAAGCCUCUACCGAGAAGAACGUCUUCCUUGGUAUACAUUGCACCGCCCAUUAUCAAAUCUGCAUCUGCUAUCGUAGCUACGGAACCGAAGACGGUGGAAAAAGAUGUUCGAUAUAUGGCAUAUCCCAAAUAUUCCUUCAAUUAUGGCGUGAUCGACGGAUAUACAGGCGAUUCAAAAUCUGCAUGGGAGGAGCGAGAUGGAGACAUAGUUAAAGGAGAAUAUUCGGUGGUCGAAGCGGAUGGAACUAUCCGUACCGUUUCUUAUACUGCAGAUGAUCGUAAUGGCUUCAAUGCAAUUGUGACUAGAAGCGAACCUCUAAAAAAUACGAAAAACACUGCAGUCGAAAUAAAAACAUUCGUACCUGUUGCCAUAUUUCCUAGGGACGGGCAUAAAAUUUAAUAUCAGUAAUCUGCUGCGCCUGCUUUUUUUUUUACAUACAAAAUAUUAUACAUUUGCUAUUUCUAAUGCAAGAUAUAGUUCCUUAAUUGUACUUGAGAAUACGCGUAUUUUUCUUCCGCUCUUAAUUUUAUUUUUAAGUGACGCGUACAUUUAAUUUGUGUCUUAUGUCGCGUACGGGUUUCAUUCUUCAGAUGAACUUUGUUACACACACACACACACACACACACACACACACAAAACGCGCGCGUGCAUAUAGUCUACGUUGAAUAAAGUUCUUUUUACAUUU